UGCACUUCGGCCACCAUCCGUUCGACUGUGUGCGUCGGUCGGCGCAAGGGGUCAAUCGGAGUUUUCCUCGUAUUGCACUACUCAGUGCUAUCGUGUUUUUAGUCUUGCGAGGAUUUGAGUGAAAGCGCUCAGCUAGCACCUUAAGGAAAACUCCUUCCUGUUUCUUUUCUGUGGCACGAGGUUAGCUAAAACAAACCAUCCAAAAUGGACGCGAUCAAGAAGAAAAUGCAGGCGAUGAAGAUCGAGAAGGACAAUGCGCAGGACAAAGCCGAUACCUGCGAGAACCAGGCCAAGGAGGCUAACCUCCGCGCGGACAAGAUCAUGGAGGAGGUCGCCGAUCUGACCAAGCGUCUGGAGCAGGUUACUCAGGAUCACGAAAAGUUCAAGACCUCGCUGGAACAGGCCACCAAGGAUUGCGAGGAUAAGGACAAGCUGCUCACCUCCACCGAGGCCAACGUAGCCGCCCUGACCCGCAAGGUGCAGCAGGUUGAGGAGGAUCUGGAAAAGUCUGAGGAACGUUCGUCCGCCGCCCUGUCCAAACUGCUGGAAGCCACCCAGUCGGCUGAUGAGAACAACCGUAUGUGCAAAGUGUUGGAGAACCGUUCCCAGCAGGAUGAGGAGCGUAUGGACCAGCUGUCCAACCAGCUGAAGGAAGCCCGUAUGCUCGCUGAAGACGCUGAUACCAAGUCGGAUGAAGUGUCCCGCAAGCUGGCCUUCGUUGAAGACGAGCUGGAAGUCGCUGAGGAUCGUGUCAAGUCCGGUGAGGCCAAGAUCAUGGAGCUUGAGGAGGAACUGAAGGUCGUCGGUAACUCCCUGAAGUCUCUGGAGGUGUCGGAAGACAAGGCCAACCAGAGAGUGGAAGAGUUCAAGCGCCAGCUGAAGUCCCUGACCAUCAAGCUGAAGGAGGCAGAGACCCGUGCCGAGAAUGCCGAGAAGAACGUCAAGAAACUCCAGAAGGAGGUCGACAGACUAGAAGAUGAGCUGGGCGUCAACAAGGACCGAUACAAGUCUUUGGCCGACGAGAUGGACUCCACGUUCGCCGAGUUGGCCGGCUAUUAAGGCUACUACUACCUUUCUGGCUAUCGAUCGGGCGGUCGAUCAAAACGCGUACGAUGAUCCGUCUGGUGCACUUCCGGUGCACUGGAUCGGACCAUAUCUUCCGAAACAACUGCGCAGGAACUCUAUUACCUAUCUACCUUACCUAUCCGUCAUCAGUGCGACCGUUUAAAAGGCAUUUUAUAAACCAUCUUUUGCGAUCGAAAUAAUCGAGACGAGCUUAGUAAACAGCCAGGAGCACAAAACAAAACCGAAUGGAAGAAGGAAAGAGAAAGAGAGAAAGAGAGAGAGAGAGUACUUAAGAACAUCUAAUAACGCGAUAUCUAACACCACCCGUCCCAGAUGGUACAGGAGCCUAUAGCAAAGUAAACAUCAGCGAAGCCCUCGUAAACACCAAAAACCAAAAGAGACCAUCCCAGAAAAAGAAUAAGCAAGGUUCCAUAUGAUCAUGUUGUUGUUGUUGAUGUUGUUGUCAUUUUGUUGCUAGUCGCCAGGCUUUAAUUGGGCCCUGUAAAAGAACCUUGUCCACCGGAGGGGACACUACGAUGCGCUGCGUGUGUGUGUGUGUAUGUAGUUGUGGGUGUGGUACUGUGGUGUCCGUUAGCUAAUUUCGGUGUUGGGAGUCGACCCAAUGUCGAACCACGGCACGGCACUGCUUCCCCGGCAGGAAGCGAACAGGGAGGUCAAACACACACACACACACUGUCUUAGAUCCGGGAAAAUUUAACAACACCAAACCAAACAGUUGAAGCAUGUGAAACUUCCAACGUCUACUUUCUCUUGAUAAAUGUAUUAUUUAUAUCUUUUGAAUAAAACUAUGAGGACGGUAAAUAAUUUUAAGUAAAACAUCCAGAAA